AGAAACAUCGAGAUUCAUAAUAUAUCGUACAGAAAGUUAGUAGCUGAGAAUGGUUAUCAUCAGACAUUCAUUAAAUGUCAUAAGUAUCAAAUAGUAAUUACAUUGCGGGUACCCGGCAUACCUUGGUUCAAUUUACAAAAAAAAUGGGUGAUAGAUGAAUCGAUACCGCCGGCCUCCAGUGAAACUCCGAGUGGUAUCAUUCAUCAGUAAUUUACCAGCACAACAAAAGGCAAGGAUACACACAGAGAAAAACGAAGGCCUGCACGCCUGGUGUUUUUGUGCUCCCGUCAUCGUCGACACCACCACCACCACCAUCAUCAUCAUCAUCAUCAUCAGAGUAAGAGUUUUUUUUACAGAUAGGCUUAAAGAUGAUGGACGCAUUGUCUGUCGUGACCCAGCUGAGAGAUUUGGCUUCAGAACCCCAAAAUAGAGAAGCUAUUGUUCAGGAUCAAGGGUGCCUUCCUGGUUUGGUUUUGUUCUUGGACCAUCAAGAUUCACAAGUGCUGUUCUCUACAUUACAGGCUCUUCGGUAUCUAGCAGAAUGUCCUUCAAACAUAGAGAUAAUGAAACAUGAGCUUGGAAUGAUGGUGAGCUUGGAGCACCUAAUGGACCAGGGUGAAAUCAAUGAAGAAAUCAGUGUGUUAGCAAAGGAUGUGUACGAUGUAUUAAAUUCCCCUGUUAACAACGUAGCUGUCGGGACUCCAGAGGCACCCAGAAGAAAAGCAAAAUCACAGUUUUUUAUUAACAGUUCAAACAAGAAGGCUAAAUCUGUUACCCUUCACAUCCAAGGAUUGGAUAACACAGAUAAUAGAGGUCUUUGUGAAGAAGCUUUGUUGAAAGUUAAGGGAGUAAUCAGCUUUACAUUCCAAAUGGCUCUCAAGAGAUGUACUGUGCGGAUUCGUUCUGAUCUGGCAACAGAGUCACUGGCAUCGGCUAUCGCAGCUACUAAAGUUUUGAAGGCACAACAGGUUGUGAAAAAUGAAACUGGAGAAGAGGUCUUAAUUCCACUCAACACUACAGACACAGCAGUUCAGGAAAAUUCCAAUUUACCAGAUUAUCUGCCUGAAGAUGAGAGUCCAGAAAAAGAGGUUGGCAAAGCAGUUUCACGAACUGGAGCAAAGCAGGAUGCCAAUGGAAGUUGGCUGAAUGCUGCUGCAAGCUUCCUUACCAAAACAUUUUAUUGGUGAAAUACGACAUGAACUUUCUUGUUUUUUUAUAUGAAAGGAUUACUAAGGAUUAUAGAAAGAUAGUCUUGCCCAGCACCUGAUUAUAUUUUAUGUGAAUAUUAACCACUUUCUUUUAUGAAGCUAUUUGCCAUUACAGUAUGGUGUGCUUAAAUACAGUAGAUUUACAAAACAGGAUUCUCUGAGGAAAGUCUGCUAAUUAUUCAGCAUGCUUGUCAAAGCUUUUUUCUUGGGAGGGAUGGGCAUUUUCUCAUCUUUGUCCCUUUUAAAAAUGUUUUUUUUUGUGGGAGUUCAUGCUGUAAUUUCAUUUCAUUAGGUUAUUUCAGUAGAUUGUACAAUGGAAAUUAAAAAAAAAAAAAAAAAAAAAAAAAGUUUCUUAUUUCAUCCUUUCUGU